AUGAAAGCAGCGAGUCACACCGCAACUAGUCGGACUCCACUGUACGCAACGUCGUCAAUGCAUGAUAUAGCCACCGCGACUGUGGAACCAACUCUGCUGGCACAAGCGUGGACACCACAAUUGCUGCAAGCCGAGUCCGGGACGCCGACACCUUCGGGAUCCACACUCGACGACUCGUCCGCGCUUCGGGUAGUCAUCGCACGAGCCGCGGCACGCACGCUGCCUCUUUUGACGGACGCUUCCGCUGUCCCGUUCGUCUGUCGGUACCGGGUGGACUUGGUCAAUCCGUUGACCACACGGCAAGUACACUUGCUACAAACCUUGUCUUCCCGACACGCUAGUCUCCAGAGUGUACGAGCGAAAGUGCUCCGAGCCGCGGCGGUGGCACACGACGGCAAAGGCAACGCCGAAAACGAAGCCUGGAUCAGUAAAGUGCAAACCAGUACGUCCAAGGCGGAAUUGGAAGAUUGGUACGCUCCUUAUAAGCCCCCGUCGAAAGGUUCCGUGCUGGAUCGUAUCCAAAACGACCAUCCCGAACUAAUUCCCCAAUUGGACGCCUUUUGGCACGGCGAUCAAGAUUCAUUUUCGAUUCAUCGUAUUUUGAAGCAGCAUCCGAAAGACGCCGUUUUGCACGUCUUGAGCACCAAGCUUAUCGCCAACGAACCAUCAGUAGUGGAAACCGUUCAAAACGAAUUGUGGAAACAUGCCAAAAUAAGGACGAAACCACCAGCUUCGCCGUCAAACGACCCCGCGGCCGACCAAAAGUACGUUGUAUACCACGACUUUACUGCCCCAUUGUCCCGGUUACGGGAUCAUCAGAUACUGGCAAUUCGCCGGGGAGUCGAACAAAAACUACUGCAAUUGUCGUACGAAGUGGACGGAUCCAAAAUUGAAGCCUGUAUGCGAUACGCCGUGCGGCGCCGAUGGCCCCGCCACGGUGACGCCCUCCCAGCCAAUCUCUUGGACGAGGCCGUGCACGAAGCGCCCGGGCAAGUAUUUGCCGAGAACACCUCGCGUGCACUCUUGGCGCCGCCUGCGAGUCGCGGCGGCGGUAGUAGUGGGAAUAACGCCAGCUCUCGAGCUUCUCCACCACUGUAUCUACUCAGUGUUGAUCCAGGAUUUCAAGCAGGAUUGAAAUGCGCUGUCCUGGACGUUAAUGGGCAUGUUGCGCUACAACCGUUGACGACAGUCAAGUACUUGGGCAAUGCCCGAACGACUGGUGUGCGAACGAUGAGUACGUUGCUACGAGACGUUGCCGAUGCGACGCAAUCGAAUACUGUGGUGGUCACAUUAGGGAACGGCCACGGUACACACGAAGCACGUGAUUUGUUACGGGAAGCCGCCGCUGUUGCUACUGAGAAAUUAGAAUUGGAUAUUCAAGUAGUCCACGAAGCUGGUGCCAGUGUGUGGAGUGUGACGGAAGCGGCACGAGAGGAAUUUCCGAAUGAUCCCCCUUCCGCCAUUGCGGCCGUUUCGAUUGGUCGACGGUGGCAGAAUCCAUUGCACGAGCUCAUCAAGGUCCCGCCAGCUAGUUUGGGAUUGGGUAUGUACCAGCAUGACGUACCGCCCGCUGAUUUGGACGAUGUACUGCAUCGGACCAGUGUAGAUGCCGCUGCCGCCGUUGGCGUGGACGUGAAUACCUGUCGGGUCGAAAUUUUGCGCAAGGUACCGGGAUUGGCCAAACUAGCCGAUGCCAUCAUGGCAGCGCGGCCUUUGGCAACGAGGCAGGAUUUGCUGUCGAGGGUAACCGGUUUGGGUCCGAAAACAUUCCAAGCCUGUGCCGGCUUCUUGCGGAUUGUCGACGGACCAGAACCGUUGGAUGGAACCCUGGUACAUCCGGAGUCCUACGACACUGCACGAUGGCUACUACAAACAUUGUCGUGGGAUCUGUUGACGGUACCGACGAACCUCCCACCGCGCGCCGAAUGGAAGUCCUGCUGGAAGGAUGUACUGAACGCUGGGUCGACGCAAUUUGGCGUUAGUCCGGAACGCAUGCUUUCCGUGUUGGAAAACCUGGUGGAUUCGUUAAUAAACGUAGAUCCUCGAUUGCGCCAAGGCAAUGAUACCGGGAGCCGUCGUGGUGCGUCUCCGCGGUGGGACGGCUCCAACUGCGCACGAUUACCGGCGGGGCUGGCCCACGAUCUAGCGGCCUUGCAAGCGGCGUGUCCGGUCCGCAACGUCCAAGGGACGGUUCGAAAUUUGGCCGAUUUUGGUGCCUUUGUCGAUUUUGGUGGACCCCACGAUGGCUUGUUGCACAUUUCGCAAAUGAUGGCGAAUCGUGUCGCGUUGGACACGCUCCUGAUUGGACAAGGAAUCGGGAUCGACAUUGUCAGCGUCCAAGACCAUAAAGUGUCGCUCGCUUUGGCCGGCGGUGCAGUAAAGAACGGCGCGAGCGUUCUUAUGCCACCGCAGACGGGUACGGGAGUAGGGUCCCGUCGGACCAUACAAGGUCCGCGGAUCACAGUUCCAGUGGGUCCGAAGCCAACCGGUGGUGGCAAACGUAGCGCUUCUACUAGCAAAAGUGUUCGACCAACAAAUAUUGGAAGGAAUACGAAACGGACCAAGCGAUCGACGAAUAUAGAUCUUUUUGGAAGUGGCACGCGAACGGGGAAGGUACCAAGGAUUUCUCUGUCGGUGCGUGACUGGCAGUCCCAGAAAGCAACGCUGUUUCCUCUCGCGCUGGAUGGAGGAUCGUUGAUGGCCGUGUACGAUCCGAUCUGUUCCAAGUUCUCGCGAAUCAUGGAACUUGUCGGUCCUCGUGUUCACGGGCUCUUUUCGCUUUUGCGACCUCUCGGCGUCGUCACGUUGCUGUGUGCGAUUUGUCGAGGUCGCUCGCUCUUGUUUGUCACUAACAACUCGUUUUCCCCGUCGGCUGACUGUGACAACAAACACCCCUAUUGA